AUGAGAAAGGGUUUACCAGGACUGGUUUGUCUUGUAUGUGGUGAUACGUCCAGUGGUAAACAUUAUGGUAUCUUAGCUUGUAAUGGUUGUAGUGGAUUCUUCAAGAGAAGUGUAAGACGAAAGUUAAUCUAUCGAUGUCAAGCAGGAACUGGUAUGUGUAAUGUAGAUAAAGCACACAGAAAUCAGUGUCAAGCCUGUAGAUUAAAGAAAUGUAUUACACUUGGUAUGAACAAGGACGCUGUUCAAAAUGAACGUCAACCAAGGAAUACAGCCCAAGUUCGUGAAGAUCAGAUAGAAAGAGAACUAGAACAUCCCAUGUCAGUAAAUAAUGCUACAGUCUCGGCCACUCAUCCUGCUUUCAGUCCUGGAGCUACCCAUAGAUUUAUGGCCAGUCUAAUGACCGCAGAAACUGGUGCCAAGCUAGAACCUGAUGAUAUAGGUAAUGAAGAGAAUAUAGAUGUUACCAGUGUAGAACAAGAACGACCCAGACCACAAACUACCAUAUAUCCAGAACCUAUCUUAUUCCCAGCUGGUCAAGAAACUAUUUAUGAAUGUUCCGCUCGACUCUUGUUUAUGGCUGUCAAAUGGUCAAAAAAUCUACCAUCAUUUUCAAAUUUACCAUUCCGAGAUCAGGUGAUAUUACUGGAAGAAGCCUGGAGCGAGUUAUUUUUAUUGUGUGCUAUACAAUGGUCGAUGCCCAUGGAAGCUUGUCCUUUAUUUCUACUUCCUGAUCAUGGUCAUUCUACACAAUCUGGAAAAGUUUCCCCAUACAGUGACAUGCGCGUUUUACAGGAAGUGACGAAUAGAUUUAAAGCCGUCUGUGUAGACCCGGCAGAGUUUGCUUGUCUGAAAGCCAUCGUUCUCUUCAAACCAGAAACUCGUGGUUUAAAAGAUCCAUCGCAAGUUGAAAAUCUACAAGACCAAGCACAGGUUAUGUUGGGACAACAUAUAAGAGCUCAACAUCCUACACGACCUUUCCGAUUUGGUCGACUUUUGUUAACAUUACCAGCUUUGAGAUAUAUACCGGUCGACAGAAUAGAGAGGUUGUUCUUUGGAAGAACUAUUGGUAGCAUGCCCAUGGAAAAACUCUUAUGUGAUAUGUUUAAAAGCUAA